AUGCCAGCAGUCCCCACUCUAGCUGGCUUGGUUCUGGUGCUGCUCAUGGUGAGAGCCAGGACAGAGUCCGCAGAGCUGAGGUUUCUGGGCCAGACCCAAUUUGUGGUGAACGAGACCAGCAGAACCAUUGUCAGACUGCUGGUGGAGCGCGUUGGAGACCCGGUCAACGUGACUGCACUGGUUCUGCUGGAGGGAGAGGACACGGGCGAUUUUGAGGCAACCACAGCCGUGGCUUUUCUCCAGACGACAGAGACGAGCAAAACCAUCUUUAUCGCCAUCAAGGAUGAUGACUUACCCGAGGCUGACGAGACCUUUGUUUUCACUCUCAGAUUGCAGAGCUCAUCCAAUGGCGUGACACUGGGAACUCCAAACACUGCCACCAUCACCAUCCUGUCCAAUGACAACGCUUUUGGGAUCAUAUCUUUCAACUCUUCGUCUUUCAUCACUGUGCAUGAGCCGAAAGAGGGGAAUAAGUUUGUUGCUCUAAGUCUCAUCAGAGAGAGAGGAACAUAUGGGCUGGUGACUGUGAACUUUGAGAUCUCUGGGGGCCCGAAUCCAGCCAUCGAGGACCUGAGCCCAGACAGGGGAAACAUCACCUUCCCUCCUGGACGCGCCUUUGUCGUCUUCAGCAUCCUGAUCCAAAAUGACAAGGUUCCAGAAGACGAUGAAGUCUUUAUGGUGCAGCUGACGGGCGUAGCAGGUGGAGCUCUGCUCAACCCCAACCGCACCAGCGUUCAGAUCCAAAUCGGCCGUAACGAUGCUCCCAUUCGCUUCUCCAAACCCACUCUGGCCGUGCAAGAGAACACAGGCGUCAUAACCCUCAACCUCACUCGAGGCAGGAUGGAAGACGGCCUUCUGAUUGGCUCUGACGACAGUGAGGUUUCUGUCAAUUACACCAUCGUCACAGGAGAUGGACCGGCCAGUGCUACACUCUCAGAGGACUUUGUGGACCUGCAGGCACGUAGGCAGGUGGUCUUCCCUCCAGGGGUCCAUGAGAGGCAGAUACAUUUUAAUAUCACAGAUGACGUGGUUCCAGAAAUUGCCGAGUCAUUUCAGGUGAUGCUCCUAGAGGAGACCCUGUUGGGUGAUGCAGUGCUUUUACCGCCCAGUAUGGUACAGGUGACCAUUGAGCCCAAUGACAAGCCUUAUGGAGUGCUGUCAAUCAGUAGUCCUCCCCCAGCACAGCCAAUCAUCAUCAAUGAGGACAGAAUCUUCAGGUUUAAUGGGAUCACAAUUGUGAGAAAUGGUGGAACACAUGGGAACGUGUCGGUGAAUUGGACCAUAACACGAAACUCCAGCGACGCUUCUCCGGUUUCUCUUGACCUGAGUCCUGCGUCAGGUACUCUGAGAUUUUCUGUGGGUCAAAUGAGUGCCGUCCUGCCCUUAAACAUCACCCAGGACGACCUACCUGAGGAGGCUGAGUCUUUUCUACUCAGACUGCUGCCCAUGUCUGUACAGGGGGGAGCAGAGGUCGACGAACCAAUGGAGCUGGUGUUUUACAUACAGGAUAGUGAUGAUGUCUAUGGACGCUUUGGUUUCCACCCCGCGAUGGAACAGAGUAUCCAGAGUCACCCAGAAGGACGGUACUUAUCCCUCAGCUUCCUGCGAGAGGGCGGGAUGCUCGGGGUGGUUCGACUGGACUUCACGGCCCUUUACAUCCCCGCGGGGCCGCUGGAUCCAGCCAGAGCCAAGGACCGGGUCCUGAAUGGUACCAGUGCCAACAGUCUGCUGUUUACCUCUGGGCAGGCCCUUGCCCAAGUCACUUUACCCAUCCGUAAUGAUGCCUUCCUUCAGAAUGGAGCCCGCUUCCUCAUAGUGCUGGACAGUGUACAGCUGAUGAGUAUCAGUCCUCCCGUCCCCUCAGUGAGUCCACGUUUCGGAGGUGCCGUCAACAUCUCCCUCACCAUCACUCCUGACAUCGCUAACGGAGAGAUCGGCUUCGUUAGUAACCAAACAGUGGUGACACAGGAACCAGAGGACAGGAACAGCAGCACGAUCAUUCUUCCCCUGCGGCGUGAUGGGACAGACGGACGGGCGGUGGUUUUCUGGAGUGUGCGUCCUGUCGGAGAAAACAGGGAGGAUGUCACCGGCGAUGACCUUUCACCUUUCAAUGGUUCCAUCACCUUCCUGUCAGGACAGAGCGAGGCAGUAAUCAAUAUCACUAUCAUGGCUGACAACAUCCCCGAAAUCAACGAGACCGUCCUCCUCACACUCGAUCGGACGAACGUGGAGACCCAGAUCCUGAAGCCUGGCUUUACCAGCCGAGAGAUUGUGAUUUUAGAGAACGAUGAUCCAGGAGGAGUGUUUGAGUUUUCCCCUCUUUCUCGUGGACCCUGGUUCAUCAGUGAGGGGGAGACAGUGGAGUUAAGGGUUAUUAGAGCACAGGGCCAGUUACUGAACCAGCUGGUUCGCUAUACAGUCACACCCGCUGGCACCUCCGAGUUUUACGGAGCUACGGGCAUCCUGGAGUUCCAGCCUGGGGAAAGAGAGGUGGUGGUGGCAUUGGUUGCCAGGCCAGACGGAGUACCUGAGCUGGACGAGACUUUCUCAGUGGUCCUCAGCAGUCACAGCACUCCGGCCAGUCGCCUCGGCAACCGCAGACAGGUCAACAUCACCGUGCGCCAGAGCGACGACCCUUUUGGGGUCAUUGAGUUCAUUCAGGCGGGACUGAAGUUCAGUAUAAAUGAGAGUAAAGGGAUGGAGUCCCACUCAGCCUCUUACCCCAUCGUGAGGAGCCGGGGUGGUUUUGGGAACGUAUCUGUCUCCUGGGUCAUAGAGCCCACCCAUUCUGGAGAUGUUACUCCAGUGCAGGGGGAGAUUGUCUUCGCUGAGGGGGAGUUUUUGAAAAACCUGACCCUCUUCUCUGUUCCAGAUGAGAUACCAGAGGGUUCCGAAAAUUUCACUCUCACCCUCCUGAACACGACAGGUGGAGCUAGACUUGGGAAUGCUCUGAAUGCCAGUUUACAGAUUAUGGAAAAUGAUGAUCCAAUUUAUUUUGCAGAGCCUGUUGUUGUCACUGUGCCGGAAGGAGGCAUGGCCAAUUUCACUAUUUUGAGAGCCGGAGUUCCAGAUUACGUCGCUACGGUGAUGUAUCGGUUUGAGUACGGCGACGCGUCACCGGGAGACUUCGUCCCAUUGAGUAACAGCUCUCUGCUGACGUUUGACGUGGGUGAAUGGAUGAAGAACAUAUGGGUUGCUGUGGAGGACGAUGACAUUCCAGAAACGGAUGAACCCUUCUAUAUCGUUCUGUUCAACGCCACAGGGGAUGCUGUGGUCUAUGGCCAGGGUGUUGCAACUGUGGUGAUCACGGCAAACGAUGACGCCAAUGGAAUAUUUUCUCUGCAGUCCAUUGAGAGGCCAGUGGAAGAGGGGAAAUCCAACAACUUUUACGUUCACCGAGACCGAGGACACUUUGGCAACGUUACAGUGUUUUGGCAGCUGUUUGCCAACGAUACCCCUCUGGAGCCUAGUCAGGAAUUCGCUAAUACCUCUGGCUCCAUCAUCUUCACCACCGGAGAGGAGACCAAACCCAUAGUGUUGGAGGCCAUAUCCGACAAACUCCCCGAGUUCAAUGAGUUCUAUGAGCUUAGGCUGGUAAAUAUAUCAGGUGGAUAUCCUGGAGAAGGAGGCCGUCUGGCCGAUCACAACCUCAAUGCCUCGGUUCUGAUACCUUUCAACGAUGACCCGUUUGGAGUGUUUGCCAUCGACCCAGAUAGCCUGGAACGUGAGGUAGCAGAGGAUGUUCUUUCAGAAGACGACAUGUCUGAUGUUACGUCUUUCACCAUCCUUCGACAGCAGGGUACAUUCAGCAACGUGCGCGUUAGCUGGGAGAUCCUGUCCGCGGCUUUCCCGGAAGGCCUUCCCACGAUGAUGGACUUAAUCCUAAUGGCCACCUUCCCACAGGAGGUGGAACUCAGGCCCCAUGCCAGGAGGCACCACUCUGGCACAGAUGCCCUCUACUUCUCCGGCCUUCCAGGAUCUUACGGAACAAUUCCUGCAGCAGCCCAACCUGAGGACAUCCCUCAGAUCCUGGCUAACUUUACCUUCUCCGCUUGGCUCAUGCCCACACUCAACAUGGAAGGUUUUAUUGUCUCUAAGGGCAAUGGGAAUGGGUCUCUGUGCUAUGGUAUUAAGAUUCACAUCAAUGAAUCCCAUGUUACGCUGAUGCUGCACUACACCACAGUGGGAUCUAACAGCACACUCAUAGCACGAUCAACAGAGGCUAAGUUUGUGGAGGAUAACACAUGGAUUCAUGUUGUUGUCACAGUGGAAGAUGGGAUUAUUGAGUUCUACUUGAAUGGUAAUCCAAUGCCCGGAGGGAUUAAGAGUCUGAAAGGAGAGGCCAUCAUCAAUGACCCUGUACCAAUAUGGAUUGGGUCAGAUCCCCAUGGCCAGCAGCGUUAUACCGGUCUGUUGCAGGAUGUCCGGCUCUACUCAAGCCGUCUGAACCGGACCCAAAUCCACGAGCUCCAUAACCAGCCAUCCAAGACAGACCUGCGUAACGUGUCUGGGUACUUGUCUUACCGGCAGGAUGAUAAAGUCAAGUCCUUCAUAGUGGAGGUGCGGGACGACCACGAGGAGGAGGGAGAGGAGGUGUUUUAUCUACAGCUGGUGGCUGUGCAUGGAGGUGCCAGGCUACCCUUGCCCAGACCCACUGCUACCCUCAGAGUGAUGAAGAGUGACUUUGCCAACGGACUGUUUGGGUUCACUGGAGCCUGCAUACCAGAAAUAUCUGAGGAGGGCUCCACCAUCUCCUGUGUGGUGGAGCGGACACGCGGGGCUUUGGACUACGUCUAUGUAAACUACACUGUCAGACAGAUCGAUUCCGCUGGUGACAUGUUUAACACCACAGACUUUGCCAACGGCACUGGCUCCAUCCUCUUCCUCCCUGGCCAGCGCUCUGAGGUAUUAAACCUGCUUGUCCUGGACGAUGAUAUUCCUGAGUUUGAUGAGAACUUCCAGAUUGUGUUGGUUUCUGCCGAGUCUGGUGAUGGGAAGUCGGGCUCCACCCCCACCAGCGGAGCCAGCAUUGACCCCAACAAUGCCGUUACCACGGUUACCAUCAAAUCCAGUGACCAUCCUUAUGGUUUACUUCAGUUCCAGACGACUCCUCUGACAGAGGGGAUGAUCCGGCCAGCCGUACAGGAAGCCCACGUCACUGUUAGCGAGGAGGUAGGCGUGGUCCGUCUUCUGGUGACCAGGGCGCAAGGCCUUCUGGGGAGGGUGAUGGUUGGCUAUCGCACGACUCCUUUCACAGCCGUCAGUCCAGAAGACUAUGAGGGUUUGCUGGACUUCCUGCCAGGGGAGAGAUUCAAAUACAUCAAUGUGACCAUUGUGGACAACCCUGUCCCAGAGCUGGACAAAAUUUUCAGACUGGAGCUCUAUAAUCCUGAAGGAGGAGUGGAUCAGUUCUUUGGGAUGGAGGGCAGUGGCAGCGGAGAAACUGAUUCUGAACUCUUCCUUCCAUCCUUCUAUCAUCAUGCCAACCUUGGCAUUGCCUCACACAUCACUGUGACGAUUGCCGCCUCCGACGACGCUCAUGGAGUUUUCCAGUUCAGUGCCGACUCGCUGGCCAUCAAUGGCACUGAGCCAGAAGAGGGGCGAAGUUCUAUCACCUUACAGGUGAUGCGGACCUUUGGUUCUCUGUCCAAUGUGACGGUGUAUUGGGAGGCAGAUGCUGACUCAGAGGAAGAACUUGUCUACAGAAUGGGAAACUUGACCUUUGUGGUGGGCCAGACCAUUGGGAAUAUCUUCCUCCAGGUUUUACAGGAUGAUCUUCCUGAGUUGGACAAAAGCUUCAAAAUCCGCCUCACUAACGUCUCCCACGGCCGCCUCGGCGACCAAACUGUUGCAACCAUGACCGUGCUGGCGAAUGAUGACCCCUAUGGGCUGUUUGUGUUUUCAGACAGCAGCAGGCCAAUCCGCGUGCCCGAAACCAACACCCCGGUCACUCUGUCCAUCCAGAGAAGGAGGGGUCUGAUGGGCAGAGUCAGGGUGACCUAUGAGACGCUGAGGGACUCUGAUCCCACCCCUUACAGCACACCUGGCAUGGACAGAGCCAGUGCUGGGAAUGACUUUGUGCCAGUCAGAGAGUCUGUAACCUUUGCACCCAAUCAGAGUGAGGCAAACGUAACCUUGAGGGUAUUGGACGAUGAGGAGCCUGAGAGGGCGGAGUCUGUCUUUGUGAGGCUUGUUGGGGUCACACUGGUACAGGGUGCGCAGAGCAGACCAGUUGCUCUGUCUCCUCGCCUUGGUGUGGGGAACACCACCGUAGCCCAGGUCGUUAUAGAGGCCAGCGACGACGCCUUCGGGGUGUUGCAGCUGUCGUCCCCUGCCGUGAGCGUACCAGAGUUCUAUGUCGGCCCCAUAAUCAAUGUUACACGUAUUGGGGGCAUUUUCGCUGACGUGUCUGUCAAAUUCAGAGCCGUACCCAUGACUGCCAGAGUCGGGGAGGACUAUAGUGUGGCUUCCUCUGAUGUUGUUCUACUGGAGGGAGAGACCAGUAAACCAGUUCCCAUUCUCAUUAUCAACGACGUGGUGCCUGAACUGGAGGAGACUUUCCGCAUAGAACUGCUCAACCAGACCACAGGGGGCGCUCUCCUGGGAGAAUUGACACAGGCAGUCAUCACCAUUCAACCCUCUGACGAUCCAUAUGGAUCCUUCGUUUUCCAGGCUGCGCCCGUCACUAUAGAGGAACCAGGGACUGGCUCAUUUGAGGUGUCUUUACCCAUAGUAAGGAACGCUGGCACUAUAGGACAGGUGUCUGUGCAGUGGAGAGCAACAGUCAACGGCAGACCUGCUACAGGUGACCUCCGACCUUUGUCCGGAGAGGUCGGGUUUGCUCCUGGUGAAACCAUGAAAACAUUGAAAGUGGAAGUCCUGGCCGACAACAUCCCCGAAAUAGAGGAGAUUAUAAGAGUGGAACUGACCGGUGCCACAAACGGAGGGAGCGUUGGAGCAGAAAACAUCGUGAACAUCAUCGUUCCUGCUAAUGAUAACCCUUACGGGACGGUUUACUUUGAGCAGGCUGUGUACCGUGUCCAGGAGCCUCUGGAGGGUGUUUACAUCGCUAACAUCACUGUCCGGAGAAGUGGGGGUCAUUUUGGUCUUUUGGAGAUCCUGUACAGCACAGCUGAGAUUGACGUCGUGGGCAUCGCACAGAGGGAGGGGCACGACUUUCUUAUUUACUACGAUCCGCCGCUAACAGGAGCCCUCCCCAUGGCCCAGCGUCGACCCAUAAACAUCACGUCACCUCAGGACCCUCUGAAUGCCUGUGCAGCCUUCUGUCUGCGUGAACGAGCCUGCCAGGCCUUCUCCUUCUUCAGGGUUCCCACGGCAACCUGUUUCUGGGCGACCACCAAACCCACCCAGUUGACGUCGUCUGCCCAAACCUUCACCUACCUCAAAAACUCCACUGCCGCCAUCUCGCUCUUCAGCUCGCAAGCCGUCGCCGGGAGCGACUAUGUCACCAUGACAGCGCAGACCGCGACCAUGCAGGACGGUUCGGGCAUCGCUAACCUGACCGUGCCGAUUUUGACCGACUCCUUACCGGAGGUGGACGAGAGCUUUACCAUCCGGAUUCUAAGGGUCAGUUUGGUUAACAUGACAGUGGAGGAGAAGAACAGACCAUCCAUAGGGCAACCAGACACAGCUCUGGUCACCAUAGGGAUGAAUGGAGAUGCGUUUGGGGUGUUUUUGCUCUAUAGCAUCAGUCCUGGCACUAGUGAGAAUGGGCUGUAUUUGAAGGUGAAGGAGGAGCCACGGGCCACCGUGCUCCUCGUCAUUGAGCGGAGAGGAGGCAGUCUGGGACAGGUCACCGUUGAGUGGAAAUAUGUUGGAGGCAAUGCCACGCCCAAUGCUGACUUUAACGGAACAGGAGAAACUCUCGUUUUUGCAGAGGGUGACGUGAGGAAGACAGUGGAGUUUUUCAUCACCGAUGACACGGAGCCGGAGGCCAACGAGACGCUGAUGAUAGGACUGGUGAGGACAGAGGGAGGAAGCCGUAUCCUGCCCAGUUCUGACACAGUCACCAUCCUCAUCCUCGCCAACGACCACGCGGCUGGUGUACUGGGCUUUAGCUCUGAUUCACGCUCUGUCAUUGCCAGAGAAGGUGAGAGAGUGGUGUUGCUGGUGGAGAGGACUACUCCAGCCGUAGGGAAUGUGACUGUGGAGUGGUCAGUCCAAGGCCCCAGGACUGCACUCACAUUUGCUGAUUCCUCCGGAAUUCUCUUCUUCACUGAGGGGAUGUUGAAUGAUACAGUGGUCCUACAGCUGCUGGAUGACAGUACACCAGAGGAGAGAGAGGAAUACACAGUUACCCUCUCCAACAUCAGAACUGAGGGUGUGACAGCAACAGGCGUGGCUGCUCUGGAUCCACAGGGGAGGGAAGCGGUGAUCACCGUGGAGACAAGCGACGAGCCUUUCGGAAUGCUCAGCAUUGCCCCCUCAUCCGUCAGAGUGACGACAGAGGAGAGAGACACCACCCUCAGAAUAUACAUCAACAGAGAGUUCGGGGCAUCUGGGGCAGUGAGCAUUAGCUAUGAGACAGUCAGAGGCUCUUUGGAGGACCUGAGCCUGACUGAGGGAGCUCUGGCAGAACCGGACCAGGAUUACCAGCAUGUGUCUGGGUCUGUGGUCCUACAGGACGGGCAGACCUCUGUGUCCAUCCCCAUAACCAUCAAAGACGAUGACAUUCCAGAGUUGAAAGAAUUUUUCCUGGUCAACAUAACGUCAGCCGUACUCAUAACCACCCUUCCAACAGCUCCAAAACUAGACACACAGGGGUUUGUGGCAGAAAUCACAAUUGAAGCUAAUGAUGGCAUUAGAGGAAUUAUCGGCUGGCAAAGUAUUGAUUAUGAGGUAAAUGAAACGCUUGGGCUGUUGACAUUGGUGGCCUACAGAGAUGCAGGGACUUAUGGGAAUGUUUCAGUCUUCUUCUAUGCUCAGAACCUGGAGGCCCAAGUAGGGCUGGACUUCAACACCACACCAAGUGUGCUCCAUUUUGUUGAUGGGGAGAGGUAUAAGUUUGUGGAGGUGGAGAUUUUAGAUGAUGCUCUUCCAGAGGGAGACGAGAGGUUCCGACUCAUACUGACUAAUCCAUCCAUGGGGCUUGAACUGGGACCCAAUACCACAGCAACGGUGACCAUUCUGACCAAUGACGAUGGCCGUGGCAUCAUUUCCUUCAACAACAGUGAGCACUUCCUGCUGCGAGAGCCCACCUCCAUGUCAGGGCUUGGGGACAGUGUAGCCACCCUGUACAUAGUUCGGGACCCCCCUCAGGGCACAUUUGGCACAGUCAUGGUCCAGUUCUCCAUCACUGACUCUAAUGGGUCUCUUUACACCACUGACCUCUCGCCCUCUCACGGCUUUGUCGUGCUGGAGGACGGGGUCAGGUUUAAGACCCUGGAGAUCUGGGCAGUUCUGGAUGAAGAACCAGAGAUGAAUGAGACAUUUACAGUGACGCUGUUUAACCCAACUGGAGGAGCACGGCUAGGAGAGUCAGUACAGACCACCAUCACUGUACUGCAAAACCAGGCCCCACUAGGCCUCUUCAGAAUAUCACCAUCUAUCAACAGGACUGACUCUGUGACAGUUGAGGAGGCCGGUGAGACUGUCUUUCUGACUGUAUCUCGGAGUAACGGUGUGGACACAGCCGUCAGCGUAGAGUGGGAGACACAAUCAGACACCGCCUUUGGCAUGAGGGGAGACAGUCCAGCUCUGGUGGUCUAUCAGAAGCUGAGAGACAGUCUGACGACAGGCUGGUGUGUAGUACCUAAGGAAGACUCAGUUCUGGCCGUGCGACUGGAGCAAGGUCAAUCAGGCCCCUCCUCCCCAGGUCUGGCCGUGCUGUACUGGUGGCAAGGUGUCUUUGUCCCUAUAGAGUCUGUUUUGAUCCAGAGCCCAGACAGGUGCAUCGGUUUUGCUGUGAACAGCUCCUCCUAUGUAGCAAUAACACACAGGGCUUCAGUCGAGUCUCCCCAAACCAACGUCAGCCUGUUCCGCAUACAGCCCGAUUUCAACCUCACUCUAGAGCAGACUUUGACGGUGGAAUCUCCAGAUGUCAGACACUUCUCAGCUGAUGAUCAGGAGUAUUUGGUGUCCUCCAAUCAGGUAUUUGUGUGGGUCGGCGCCUCCUUCUCUCUCUAUCAGGACAUGGAGUUACAGGACAUUACAGUGACCUUACCCGUCACCCGUGGCAACAGCCAGUACCUGGUGGUCUGCAGAGACAGAGUGUCCAGUACCUGUCUUGUCUACCUGUGGACUAGUGGAGGCUUCCAGAACCCACGGCCUCUAGACAUUCAUGCCAGAGUCAAACAAGCAGAAUCUUUUCACAUGGGGGGAGACACAUUCUUCUUUCUUCUCAUAGAUGGUGCUAUUCCUGCCUGUGUAGUAUUUGUGUGGGGGUCUCAGGAGAGCUUUUUCCAGCAGACUCAGUCAGUCUCAUUCCCAGGCCUGUCUUCCAUCCAGCCCUUCACUCCUCACUCCGGCAUUCCUCAUCUUUUACUGGCUGGUCUGAAUGGUUCUGCUGUCUUAUCAUGGCAUUCCAAUGAGAGUCAGUUUAUAGAGGUAGUGGCAGCCGUCCCUGCUCUUCACCUCCUAUAUCUCGCUGUCCCCUCCCUCAACACCACCAAGAGCCUGGUCCUGGCACUGGGACCAUCAGAGUCCGUCAUAUACGAGCUCACCACAGUGUCCAACCACUCUGACUUCAUUCCCAGUUCCGGCGAGCUGCAUUUCAGCCCCGGCACCAUGGAGCUGGAGAUCGCUGUGAACGUCGUAGACGAUGACAUUCCGGAAGAGGAGGAAAAUUUCCGUGUCAGCCUGAAGAAUCCGAAGGGAGGGGCUGAGAUCGGCUUUGGCGGUCUUGUAACUGUGGUCAUCCCGUCUAACGAUGACGCUUAUGGAAUUAUUGCUUUUGCACAGAACUCUCUUUCACGGGAGGUUGAUGAGCUGGUGGAAGACAACAUCAUUUCUCUAAGCAUUGAGAGGAGAAGAGGAACAUUUGGAAGACUAACAGUGCACUGGCGUGCCCUUGGAAACCUGGAGGACAUUUUCCCCACAUCAGGAGUGGUGGCGUUGUCGCCAGGCCAGGCCGUGGCUGUUAUCUCUCUGACUGUCCUCGCUGACAACGUCCCAGAGCUCGCAGAGCCGGUUACCAUUGUUCUGACCGAUAUCACCACGGUUGGAAUUGCUGACACCUCCCAAGGGGCUGUCAUCGACCCCAGGGGUUCUCGGGCAAACCUCACCAUCAGGGCCAAUGGCUCGCCCUACGGGGUCGUCGGAUGGCAUCUGGAUUCCCAAAACUACAUCACUCCAGAGCCUCUCAGAAGCCCAAGUAAUAUCACUCUCAGCAUUGUGAGAGAUCAGGGCUCGUCAGGAGACAUCGUUGUCUACUACACAACCCGGCCGGCACUGGCCCAGCUACCUGUCAAUCAAGCCACUGAGGACCAAGACUAUAUAUCCAAAGACUCCACUGUCAUUAUGAAGGAGAAUGCCACGGUUGCCUUGGUGACCAUCAGCAUCCUACCGGAUGAGCUUCCAGAGUUGGCUGAGUCUUUCUUGGUGAAUCUGACCCGAGUGGAGUUGUUGGAGGCUCUGACAGGAGCAGGCCAGCCCAGCCUGAAAAGGCCAGGCAUGGAGGUUGCAGAGGUCACCAUCCAGGAGAACGAUGACCCCAGGGGCAUUAUUCAGCUCAAUGUUACCAGAGAUGUCUCUGGAGAGGUGCUUGCUUAUGAGGUGGCUCCACCCAGAAACCUUCUCCGUUUACCAGUGGUACGAUUGGCUGGUAGGACAGGUAGAUUAGUGGUUUACUGGGAAGCUCAGCCAAUCAUUGCCAGUUUUGAGGACUUCGGUCCUGCCUCAGGGAAUAUCACAUUUCUGGAUGGACAGUCAGUUAGUUAUAUUGAAAUCACCAUCACUGACGACGACAUGGUGGAGCCAAUGGAGAUGUUUCUUGUGAGACUUACUCGUGUCAUUGGAGGAGCCAGGCUGGGGGAGGAGACUUCUGUGACAAUCAGCAUCCCUCCCAAUGAUUCCCCACUGGGUCGUUUUGGAUUCGAGGAGCUGACAGUUACCGUCAGUGAGCCUGAGUUCACUGACGACCCAGCUGCCGUGGCAACCCUGACAGUGGUGCGCAGUGAGGGUGGGGAUGGCGUGGUGCAUCUGGUCUGGCUGUUAGAGGAGGAGGGGAGAGAUGACCUCACCCCUCAGAAUGGAACACUUGUCUUUAAUGGGACGGAGGAGAGGAAGACCGUGGUGAUCCGUGCCUUGGCGGAUGCUCUACUGGAGGGAGAGGAGAGAUUUACCAUCCAGCUCCUGUCUGCUAAGAAUGAACCAAUCAUUGACCCUGCAAAUGAUGUGGCAACAAUUGUGAUUGAAGCGAAUCGUGGGGCCCUGGGGACAGUGGGAGUGGCUGACUCCUCACAGAGCGUCCUGAUUGGAGAACCACAGGGCACCUACAAUGGCACUGCAGUCGUCAGGCUUAUACGGGGUCCUGGUAUCUUUGGCGAGGUUCAGAUCUAUUGGAACAUCACUCCAGCCUUGACUACAGAGUUUGAGGAGAUCUCUGGCACGGUUACCAUGAAAGACAGCCAAUCAGCUGCCACCAUCCUGCUGAGGGCACGAGAUGAUGACAUACCAGAAGAGAAACUUGCCUAUCAGUUGACUCUUACCUCCAUAACCCCCGGGUCAGAGGUCAGCCCGGACAGGAAGCAGGCCACAAUCACCAUGGCAGCCAGCGACUUGCCCAAUGGCCUCUUCUCCUUUUCCCAGAGUUCUCUGGGUGUGUCUGAAGAGGACAGACUGGUGAAUGUGACUGUGGUGAGAGACAGGGGACUGUAUGGUAGUGUGUGGGUGAGUUAUCAUACUGAGGGCAGGACUGCGGUAAGCGGUGAAGACUUUGAGCUGUUGUCUGGACGGCUUCUGUUUGGACCGGGCGUGGCCUCACGCUCCAUCACACUGAGGAUUUUGGAUGAUGCUCUACCUGAAGGACCAGAAGAGUUUUACCUUAACAUCACUAACGUUGAGCUCCUCAAUGACAGUGUGGUGGACUACACAGUGAGAGAGCAAGGCCUCCAGCUGGAUCAGCCUCCAUCUAUAGGCACGCCGCCCUCCAUGGUUGUUGUCAUUCAGAAGAAUGACAACGCAGAGGGUGUGUUAGAGUUCCACCCUGACUACAUCAACAUCACAGUGGAGGAGGAUGUAGGCACUCUGUCCAUCCCUGUGCUGAGGAGAGUGGGCUCCUUUGGCCAGGUGUCAGCUGAGGUCAUCGCCCGGGGUCUGACUGCUCAGCAGGAUGAAGAUUUCAUCCUCCUCAACGACUCUGUCACCUUCCAGCCUGGACAGACCCUCAGCUACCUCAAUAUCUCCAUCACUGAUGAUCUGGAUAGAGAAUACAGUGAAGUGUUUGAACUUCAGCUCUCUGUCGCCACGGGUGGUGCUGUGCUGGGACAUCACCUCGUCGCCCAGAUAACCAUUGCCAAGAGCGAUUCUCCCAGCGGCGUGGUCCGAUUCGUCAACCAGACCGAGAUCACCAUAGACAACCCAGACAGCACCCUGAGGUUGACCCUACUUCUGGAGCGAUCCGGAGGUCUGGUGGGAAACGCCACAAUAACAUGGAACAUUCUAGGGCCCAACUCAAACGAGGUUUUGCCAUCUGUAAACACAGAUAUUGGUGAACCUGUAAGCGGAUCGUUCCAUUUCAGAGAUGGAGACGGGGGUCAGCGUGCUAUAGAGCUGAGGAUUUUACCUCAUGGGGAGGUGGAGGUGGCGGAGAUGUUUGUGGUCACACUGAACGUCGUGUCUGGAGACAUGGACAUUGACCCCAGAGCUGGCAGUGUCACCAUCACGAUUAAGAAGUUUGGGGAUCCUAAUGGUAUAGUGCAGUUUUCAGAGCAGGACUUGUUGGAGCGUGUGUACAGUGAACCCACAGACAAUGAGAGACCACUCAACAUCUCUCUGCUCCUCACACGCAGAGAGGGGGUUAUGGGAAACAUCACGGUGUUCUGGGAGAUCACCAGUGACGCGGACACGGCGGGCGAUUUCUCCUCCAUGUCGGGUUCUGUGCCUAUCUUUGCUGGGCAGAGGGUGGCAGAGCUAGUGCUGACCCUGCUUCCCGACUCUGUGCCCGAGCUGGAGGAGCUUUACGUCCUCCGUCUGACCCGUGUGGAGGGCGGGGCCGAGCUCGAUGCCAACCGAAGCGUCACCCGUUUACGAGUACGUGCCAACGACGAGCCUCAUGGCGUGUUUGCCCUGGACCCGCGGCUCCAGAUGAUGGUGGUGAACCCAGUGGAACGCAGCAGGUACCUGGUUCUGAACGUGACCAGGCAGGCGGGGGCUUUUGGAAACGCCAGUGUCGGGUACCUGAUCCGCUACGCCACCCCAGGCCUGGUUUUUACUGAAGACACGAUCACAGGCAGUGUCGUGGUGAGAGACGGAGAGAGAUCUUCCAGUGUCAUUGUGCCAAUCAGCACCCAGCUUUUCUUUGAGACUGGGUUUAAUUUCACUCUUGAGCUGACCAACGUGAGCCUGAUUGGCCCCCUACUCAGUUCUCCUCCCAGGAUCCUGCUGGAGUCAAAGAGGUCCACAGUCACUGUGUCAGAGGAAGCUGCUAAUGCAGAGGUUGGGUUUAGCUCACUGGCACUCCAGGUGUUGAAUGUAGUGAGUGGUGAGUGUCAGGCUGUGCUGUCCCGGACUGGUCUGUUUGGUAAUGUGACUGUAGAGUGGAGAGCCGGCUUUCCUCCUGGACAGGACCCACCGGGGUACCAGACUGGAACCAUCACACCCAGUUCAGGCACUGUGAGGUUAGCUCAUGGCCAGAGGAGUGCUGUUUUAACUCUGACUGCACCGUUUAACGUGUCCAGUCCUGCUGCCCACGCUCUCCAACUGAUCUCAGUACAGUCUGAUGCGCCGGGUGGAGCCAGACUCAGGUCUGGUUACACACUGACAGAGGUGGAGCCUCUGGGCGUGUACCUGUUUUCCACCGACUCUCGGCAGCUCAUGAUCCAGGAGGAUGCUCAGUCUGUCACCCUUCACGUCCAGCGUCUCUACGGUUUCCGUAGCAACCGCUCCCAACUUUCCUACGCCACGUGGCCCGGCAGCGCCCGGCCUGGUGAGGACUAUACCCCUGUGCCCAACGGGCAGAUUAUUUUCGAUGCCCGCCAGACGCUUGCCACCGUCCGAGUGUCUGUUCUGGACGACUCGCUUACCGAAGAGGACGAAAAUUUCUACGUUAACCUGACCGACGUCAGGGUCCUCAGUGGAAGCCCGCCAUCCCCUGACACUCACCCCCGUAUCCUUCACAAUGGCAGCAUUGCCACGGUUACCAUCCUUGCCAACGACGCCAUCAGCGGCUUUCUGAGCAUCGGGCCUGCGUUGGUGCGCACUUCUGAGGAUGUCCAGGAGGGGGCACCACAGCAGGAGAAGAGAGUGGUUCUGAGGGUCCGUAGGACCGCAGGGCUGACCGGAGUGGUUAGCGUCAGGGUCCGGACCUACACUGGAGGCCUUACUGCUCCCGGGCUGGAAGAAUUUCCGUUCCAACAGGAGCAGAACAGAACCUGGGCCCUGGAGGGGGAGGACUUUGCCCUGGAGGCCCAGCUGGUGACCCUGCUGGAGGGCCAGAGUGAAGCGGAAGUCAACAUUGUCAUUCUGGAUGAUGUGGAGCCUGAGGGAGAGGAGGUGCUUUUUAUCUACCUCAGUGAGGCCAUGGGAGGAGCACAGAUAGUCAGCACACCAGAUGAACAUGGCUUCACCUCCUUCUCUAAGAUCAUCAUACUCGGGAGUGAUCUACAGAAUGGUAUAGUGGGUUUCAGUUUGAGCUCUCUGGCAGGUCAGGUUUUGGAUGAGGACUCAGAAAACAGGACAGCAGUGCUCUUUCUUCAGAGACAGGAGAACAGAGCGUUUGAGGACGUUGUGGUGCUCUGGCGGGCGACGUUCAGUACGACUGAUCUGUCUCUGGUCAGUAAAGGGGUGAAUCUGACCAGAGAGCUGAUCCACACCAGCGGCAGGACCCUGUGCCGACGGGGAGAGGUUGUCUGUGAGGUUACGCUGGAGGUCAGAGCAGACCAGGAUCCAGAGGAGCAGGUGUGGUUUCUGGUGGAGCUCUAUGAGGUGGGUGCAGGAGCAGCGAUAAAUCAGAGUGCACGCUACGCCAACGUGACGAUGCUGGAGAGUGAUGACCCACGGGGGCUGGUCUACUUCGCCCUUGGCUCCAGACUACCCACAGCCACCCUCCGAACCACCAGGGUCAGCCUGCAGGUCUACAGAGAUGCCAGCACCUCCGCGGCCAUCUCUGUGCGGUAUUACACACAGGAGCUUCCAAAAGCUGAGUCUGUGGGACCUAAUCUAAUCUGGCCCGCCGUGGCUGGAAUGGAUUUUGUCUCGACCGAAGGCAUCCUGACCUUUGACAUCGGGCAGAGGAGCGCCGGCCUGGAGGUCAUUCUUACACCAGACACGGCCUCGUCCAACCCCACACCCAAACGUUUCCGCAUGGUCCUGGCUGACGCCACGGGGGGAGCACGGAUCCACCCGCAGUUUGGCCUGGCCAACGUGACCCUGGUGUCGGACUCAGAGGCCCAGGCAGUGUGGGGGUUAUUGGAUCAACUCCAGCAGCCCCUGGACGAGACGGUCGUUAACAGAGUCCUGCAGGGGCUCAUUAAUAAAGCCAGCGGAGAAAUUACGCAAGAGCAGUUCACCGCAGUGCUGGACGCCCUGGGCAAGAUUCUGAGUGAGGCGGAGCAGACUCCGUUGAUGGACAGCAGCAGGGGCUUGACUUAUGACCUCCUGUGUGCCAUGGCGAACCCGAGCCGCAGUGACACGCGUGGUCUGAGUCAGCUGGCUGAAGUGACAGAGCGUUUUGCUUUCUCCUUACUCACAGACUCCGAGUGUGGGAAGGAAGGUCAAAGGGGAAAGACCAUCCUGGACACCUGUCCUUACUUUACCAUUUCUGCCUACCACUGGUACCCGACCCAAAUCAACGGACACACCUUCACAGGCAAGAACAUGGACUCCUUCACCCUGCCAGAGACCCUGCUGGAAGUGCCAGCCUUACCCGCGGGCACCGUGGCACCAUCAGCCUGCCGCAAACUUCACUUCACAGAGUACAGCACAGAACACUGGUUCCUUACCAACACUAAAGCCAACGCCCUCAAUGACAAGGUUUUCUCUGUGAGUCUACAGGGUCGGGGUUCUCGUCCUCUCUCUGGUGGUAGUGAAGUGGUCUACCGCAUUCACACCCCUUCCCGCAGGGUAAAACCGCGCCAGGCCCUGUGUCUGCUCUGGAACCAGGCCGCUGAGAGCUGGUUAUCAGACGAUCGGUUCUGUCGCGUGCUGGAUGAUAGCGACAACUUUGUGGAGUGCACAUGCAGCCACCUGUCAGUCUACACUGCGUAUGCGGAGACCGACUCGCUCUCCUCCUACAACGAGGCCUUCUACGCCGCAGGUUUCAUCUGCAUAUCAGGCUUUGCCUUAGCCAUCAUUUCCCACGUGUUGUGCACAAGGUUCCCCAUGUUUGCUGCCAAACUGCUCACACACAUGAUGGUGGCCUGUCUGGGUACUCAGAUCUGUUUCCUGGUGUCUGUAUUUCGGGGUCGUCUGUUCUCGGAGGACAGCUGUGCUGCCUUGGCUCUUUUCUUCCAUUAUUUCCACCUCAGCCAGUUUAGCUGGAUGCUCAUACAGGCAGUGAACUUCUGGCAGACUCUGGUCAUGAACGACGAACACACAGAGAGACGUUACCUGCUCUACUUCCUGCUCAGCUGGGGACUUCCUGCCCUGGUCAUUAUCAUUCUGGUCAUAGUGCUAUUGGGAGGCUUUGGAUGGAGCAUACACAGCGUCUAUGGCCUGGUACAGGGAGAUGUGUGUUUCAUCCCCAAUGUGUAUGCCGCCCUGUGCACGGCCGUACUGGUGCCACUGGUCUGUGUCGUCGGAGUCCUGGUGAUCUUCAUCCACGCCUACCAGGUCACUCAGCAGUGGAAGGCUUAUGACGACGUUUACAGAGGACGCACAAACAGCUCAGAGGUGCCUUUGGUGCUGUAUCUGUUUGCCUUGGUGUCUGUGGUCUGUGUAUGGGCAGGCCUGCACAUGGCCUACAGAUAUCUUUGGAUGCUAAUUCUCCUCGUCAUCUUCAACAUCCUCCUGGGACUGUAUGUGUUUGCAGUGUACUUUAUCAUGCACAACCAGCUGUGUUUGCCGGCCAAGGCCAGCUACACCGUGGAGAUGAACGGCCAUGGUAGCCCAGAUGGAGUCUUCCAGAGCGUUGGUGCGGCAACUGUCGGCGGGGAGAUUAGCAAGUCCACACAGAAUCUCAUCAGUGCCAUGGAGGAGGUCUCUGCAGACUGGGAGAGGGCAUCUCUGAGACCCAGUAGCCAACCCAGCAGUGUGUUCAAACAGGCACCACAAAAUGGCUCCUACGUCCCCCAGGGAGGUUUCAUCAACACCAACCUGGUACAGGAUGAGGAGUCCCAGGAGUUUGAUGACCUCAUAUUCGCCUUAAAGACUGGUUCAGGCCUUAACGUUAGUGACACCGAGUCGGCCCACGGAAGUCACGAUGGGGGGAGUGUGGCGAAUUCUCAGAUCGUAGAGCUGCGUCGUAUUCCUAUAGCAGACACACACCUCUAA